AUGGAAGCUAGAGGACAAAGGCGCGGAAGGAAGAGCUGGUGGAUUUUUCUGUUUUUCUCUUUGCUUGUGUGCUUCGGACAGCAGGUUUCAGCGCAGAUAAGAUACUCUGUUCCAGAAGAGGUGAAAGUGGGAUCUGUCGUCGGAAAUUGUGCUAAGGAUUUGGGUCUUGAUGUCAGUACAUUGGCGGACAGACGGUUUCGUAUUGUGUCUGGAUCUAAUGACGCUCUUUUCCAGGUAAAUCAGAACAAUGGCAUCUUGUAUGUGGAUAAGCACAUUGACAGAGAAGAGGUGUGUAAUGGAAAUAGCGCCUGCUUGAUUAAUUUGAAAAUAGUUGUCGAAAAACCCCUCGAGGUCCAUUAUGUGGAGGUUGAAAUCACAGAUGUGAAUGAUCACUCGCCUUCUUUCCACGAUAAAGACUUCUAUAUAGAGGUUGCGGAAAACACUGUAACUGGAACACGAUUUGAACUUCAAACUGCUCGGGAUCUAGAUGUGGGAGCUAAUUCAGUUCGACAUUACCAGCUGAGCAAGAAUGCGCAUUUUGAUUUGGAAAUGAAAGAUAGUGUAUACGGAGAUAAAACCCCUUUCCUAAUAUUACAGAAACCAUUAGACAGGGAAAUUACUGAAAAACACAGGUUACUACUAACUGCAGUAGAUGGCGGAAAUCCACCAAAAUCGGGCACGCUUAAUAUCACUGUCUAUGUUCUGGAUGUGAAUGAUAACCGACCCAUAUGCAGUAGUGAUACCUUAACGAUAACAUUGCGUGAAAAUGCAAUUAUUGACACUGUAGUGACAAUAAUAAAUGCAAGUGAUGUUGAUAGUGGUCUAAAUAGUGAAGUAGAAUAUACAUAUGGCCGAAACACGAAACCAAAAAUACGUGAAAUAUUUCGAUUAGAUCGGGCGACUGGUGAAAUACGAGUUAAAGGCUUAAUUGAUUUCGAAGAAAAUGAUAUCUACAGUUUAAUGAUAAGGGCCUCAGACAAGGGUCUUCCUCCUUUGAACACCGAUUGUCAGCUUAUAAUUAAAGUUGAAGAUGUAAAUGACAAUAAUCCAGAAAUACAAGUAACAUCUCUUUCAAAUGUAGUUUCGGAGGACGCAAAAAUUGGAACGGUUAUUUCUCUCAUUAGUGUGACUGAUAAAGAUUCUGGAAUCAAUGGAAAAGUUGUUUGCAGACUAUCUGACAAUGUGCCAUUUGAGUUGAAACCCUCUGUUCAAGAUAACAUGUAUUCACUUGUAACGAAAGAACGCUUAGACCGAGAGGUAGAGUCCGAAUAUAACAUAAAAAUAACAGCAACAGAUUUAGGCAACCCUCCUCUGUCAGCUUAUAAAACUAUGUUUGUACAGGUGUCAGAUGUAAACGACAAUAUCCCAGAAUUUUCGUCAAAUCCUCUGGAACUUUAUUUAACUGAAAACAAUUCUCCAGGUGCUUCUAUAUUUUCUGUCAGUACCUCAGACAAAGAUAUGAAUGGAAAUGCUGCCAUAACUUAUCAUAUCAUUAGAAGUGGAGGGAUAAAGAACGACAAGGCAUCUGCCAUGAAUAUAAAUUCUGAGACUGGUGUUAUUCGCGCGCUAAAGAGCUUUGACUUUGAAACAGUUAAAAUGCUCCAGUUCCACGUUCUCGCUACAGACUCUGGAACUCCGUCUCUGAGCAGUAACGUGACAGUGAACGUGUUUAUUCUGGAUCAGAACGACAACGUUCCAGUGAUCUUAUAUCCAGUCAGCGCUAACGGUUCUGCUGAGGGUGUGGAAGAGAUUCCCCGUAAUGUGAACCCAGGUCAUUUGGUGACUAAAAUCAGAGCCUAUGAUGCAGAUAUAGGAUACAACGGCUGGUUAUUAUUUUCACUGCAGGAAGUUAGUGACCACAGUCUCUUUGGUUUGGACCGCUAUACAGGACAGAUAAGGACCCUUCGCUCAUUCACAGAAACAGACGAGGCCCAGCAUAAACUGCUCAUACUGGUCAAAGACAAUGGGAACGUUUCACUCUCAGCAACAGCGACUGUGAUUGUCAAAGUUGUGGAGCCCAAAGAGGCUUUUGCAGCUUCUGAUGUGAAAAACACAAUAAAAGACGAGGAGGAAAACAGUGUGACAUUUUAUUUGAUCAUCACUUUGGGCUCGGUUUCAGUGCUUUUUGUCAUCAGCAUCAUCGUGUUGAUUGUAAUGCAGUGCUCUAAAUCGAGAGGCUAUUCGUCGAAGUAUUUACAGGAUACAAAUUACGACGGAACUCUGUGUCACAGCAUCCAGUACAGAUCUGGAGACAAACGGUACAUGUUAGUUGGACCCAGAAUGAGUAUCGGCUCUACUAUAGUCCCGGGCAGUAAUGGAAAUACUCUAGUGAUCCCAGAUCGCAGGAGGAGAGGUUCUGGAGAGGUAAGAAUAGCAGAUUCAUUCUAA